GCCUCCUGGUUCCCGGCCGCUGUGGCGGCGGCGCCGGCGCGCUCUCGGCGGUGACCGCGGGACUCUGACAGCGGAGGCGGCGGAGGCUGGGGCCGCGUCUUCCUCGCGCCGCGACUGGGACGCUCCGGCGGCGGCGACGGCGGCGGCGGUGGCUGCAGCGAGGACGGCGGGGACGGCGGCGGCGCUCUGGCCGGCCGCGCUGCGCAUGCUGCAGGGGAAUUAUUCUACUGAUAAAAGAAUCACAGGAAGAAAAUGUUCUCACCUAUAAAAGACUCCCAGAGCAGGAACUCUGAGGACAGCAGCACAGGAAGACAAGACUGUCAUCAAUUGAAAACGUCCUCAUCAUAUGUUCUCUUCAUUCCUUUACCAAACUUAAGCCUCUGUUACUAUUUCCAUUACAAGGUAAGCUAGUUUUAAAAAAUUAUAAUCGCCCGCCGCCGCCCACCCUCGCUCUCUCGCGCUCCCCUCCCGCCGCCCGCGGUGGGUGCUCCGUCUGUUCUCCGGUUAGUACACGGUCUGGUCUUCAGCUACCCGCCUUCGUCUCCGAGCUUGCGCCUCGCGGACCGGCGUCCCCGGCGCGAAGAGGCUGGACUCGGAUUCGUUGCCUGAGCAAUGGCUGCCAUCUGGAAGAAACUGGUGAUUGUUGGUGAUGGAGCCUGUGGAAAGACAUGCUUGCUCAUAGGCUUCAGCAAGGACCAGUUCCCAGAGGUGUAUGUGCCCACAGUGUUGGAGAACUAUGUGGCAGAUAUCGAGGUGGAUGGAAAGCAGGUAGAGUGGGCUUUGUGGGACACAGCUGGGCAGGAAGAUUAUGAUCACCUGAGGCCCCUCUCCUACCCAGAUCCCGAUGUUAUACUGAUGUGUUUUUCCAUUGACAGCCCUGAUAGUUUAGAAAACAUCCCAAAAAAGUGGACCCCGGAAGUCAAGUAUUUCUGUCCCAACGUGCCCAUGCUCCUGGUUGGGAAUAAGAAGGAUCUUCGGAAUGAUGAGCACACAAGGCGGGAGCUAGCCAUAGCCAAGAUGAAGCAGGAGCAGGUGAAACCUGAAGAAGGCAGAGAUAUGGCAAACAGGAUUGGCGCUUUUGGGUACAUGGAGUGUUCAGCAAAGACCAAAGAUGGAGUGAGAGAGGUUUUUGAAAUGGCUACGAGAGCUGCUCUGCAAGCUAGACGUGAGAAGAAAAAAUCUGGGUGCCUUGUCUUGUGAAACCUUGCUGCAAGCACAGCCCUUAUACGGUUAAUUUUGAAGUGCUGUUUAUUAAUCUUAGUGUAUGAUUACUGGCCUUUUUCAUUUAUCUAUAAUUUACCUAAGAUUGCAAAUCAGAAGUCAUCUUGCUACUAGUAUUUAGAAGCCAACUAUGAUUAUUAAUGAUGUCCAACCCGUCUGGCCCACCAGGGUCCUUUUGACACUGCUCUAACAGCCCUCCUCUGCACUCCCACCUGACACACCAGGCGCUAAUUCAAGGAAUUUCUUAACUUCUUGCUUCUUUCUAGAAAGAGAAACAGUUGGUAACUUUUGUGAAUUAGGCUGUAACUACUUUAUAACUAACAUGUCCUGCCUAUUAUCUGUCAGCUGCAAGGUACUCUGGUGAGUCACCGCUUCAGGGCUUUACUCCUUAACAGAUUUUGUUGGCAUAGCUCUGGGGUGGGCAGUUUUUUGAAAAUGGGCUCAACCAGAAAAGCCCACGUUCAUGCAGCUGUGGCAGAGUUACAGUUCUGUGGUUUCACGUUAGUUACCUUAUAGUUACCGUGUAAUUAGUGCCACUUAAUGUAUGUUACCAAAAAUAAAUAUAUCUACCCCAGACUAGAUGUAGUAUUUUUUGUAUAAUUGGAUUUCCUAAUACUGAUAUUUGUCAUCUCCAAAGAAAGUGUAUUGGUUUUUUAAAAAAGAAAGUGUAUUUGGAAAUAAAGUCAGAUGGAAAAUUCAUUUUUUAAA